GAAGUAAUCUGUAAUUGAUUUUGAAACUUAUCAAAUUUAAGUUUACGGAAAAAAUGUCGAAAGGAAAUCGCAAUCAUUCCACCUACGGCACUAUUAAUUAUACAACCGAGGAGGGUACCAAAAACUCAUUGGUGCAAUUUAUCAUCUUCUCUAUCUACUUGAUAUGUCUAACGUUAUCUAGCAAGGGAUUGACAACCCAUCAACAACAUUAUUUCAAUCUGGGAAUGCUAAAAUCAUUUAAAAGGACCUUUUAUAUGCCCGGAAAUGUGGUUAUUUCAUUCGAUAAGGUCAUCACAAUACCGGAUUUCUGGAAUUAUAUAGAGUACGCAGUGAUUCCUAUGCUUCAUGGCGUCGUCUUUGAUGAGACCGUUGAUUGGAAGCCCCAUUGGGUAACCAAUAGACCAAAUCUAUAUGGACGCUUAUUCCUUAAUGAAAGUGUGUUACUUCAACCACCGAGACUACGACAAAUCCGUGUAAGGAAUGACACCUGCUUUAAGCACAUAGCUUUCGAGCGAUACUCUGCAACAUGCAUGGCGGCCUACUCGAGUGACGCUGAGUCCAAAGAACCAUUUUAUAAGGGCACUGAGUUUAAGACGAUGAAACAACUGAAAGUCUCACCUAUUAGGGGCGUGGUACACACCUAUGCCAGCGGAGGCUAUGUGCAGCAAUUAUCCUUUAAAAAGGAUGUGAAUGUGGGCGUCAUACGACAUCUUAAAAACAUUAAAUGGUUGGAUCGUGCCUCGCGUCUCGUAGUAUUUGAGUUAAAAUUGAUCAAUUUGAAUUUAGAUCUACUGCAGUCCAUUAAAAUAAUUUUCGAGAUAAUGCCGACUGGCCUGAUAAAUCACUUGUAUCGAUCGCGUUGCCAUUACACGGAUCUAAUGCCCCCUGCAUCGAGGUCGCUUAUAUUACCAUGUGCCUCUGUUGUGUAUAUAAUUAACUUUUAUUACACAUUUGUCGAGAUCAAGAUACUUUAUCUCAAUGGUUGGAGGCAUUAUUUCAAAAAAUUAUCAAUCUUCUUGAUUCUGCCUAGAAUAUUUAUUGUUCAUACAUCGCUUAUGUAUUCUAUUUAUAUAUUUUUCUAUUAUGAGAGAUUUCGCGAUGCUGAUCGCUAUUUUGAUGCAUUGGAUUAUGUAAACUACACAUAUUCGUUGCAUCGGGACUCAAUUGGAAUAUUGUUAUUUUUCUCAUGGAUUUCAUUGCUUAAGUUUAUGGACUUUAAUCCAGUGCUACGGACAAUGGGAUUGGCAAUGCAUAUAGCUUCCAGGGACCUGGGUGCAUUUGCAAUCAUGUUCCUUAUUGCGUUUGUUGCCUUUGCAAAUCUGGGCUUACUACUUUUCGGAGGCGAGAAUGUGAAUUUUAAAGAUUUUCCAACAGCUUUUAUAACAAUGGUGCGCAUGUUGGUUUCCGAUUUCGAUUAUUUUCAACUGGAAGAAGAAUCUCAAAUACUGGGUCCAAUAUUCUUUUUGACUUACGUGUUGUUAAUAUUUUUCGUAUCAAUGAAUAUGUUCCUUGCCUCUAUCGUAAUGUCUUAUAAAACAGCCACAGCAACGAUCGCUUUCAAGCCGUCAUUUUUGUUGUACUUUGUUAGAAAGCAACUCUAUCGGCUGUCUAAUGGUAUCAUAUCGGCUCCCCAUUAUCCAAAAUGGGCUAAUAAAUAUUCACAAAAUAACUCACUCGAUGAAAAAAAGCUUGAUGAAUUGAAUAUACGGAAGGAAUAUAUGGAAAUCGAGUCAGAUUUGGAUGUUUUGUUUGCACGCUUGGAAGUUAUGCAGAAUAUCUUGUAUCGUCUACAUAAUAAUAUUGGAGACAUAGUAGCAAAGACGUUGACUGAAAACAAAAAACUAAAUAAGAAGAAAAUGCAAAAUAAAUAAGUAUUAUGC